AUGACAUAACAAGAAAACUGACUUUGUACAAUGCAUAAAUUUUUUUAAAUUAGCAUACAUUCCUUUAGUUAUACUCCUAUCACAACUAAAAGGAACUAACAACUAAUUAAAACACCCUUUAAAGACUCCAAAAACUACAUGACUAACUUCAAUUCCUCAAUAUGGGAAUACCCAUUUUGUGUUCUUGUUCUUUGCUCCAUUUCUUGAGUUUUGCUUCUCUUUUUCUUUCUACUAUUGCUUCCCACCACCACCAUCUUACAGACCAAGGAAGGGACAGGAUCACCAGGCUACCAGGGCAACCUCCAAAUGUGAACUUCUCCCAAUACUCUGGCUACAUCAUUGUGGACCGAUCAGCGGGCCGAGCCCUCUUUUACUGGUUGAUCGAGGCCCCGAAGACUGUCAAGCCCAACUUGAAGCCUCUGGUUUUAUGGCUCAAUGGUGGCCCUGGUUGCUCAUCUGUGGCUUAUGGAGCUUCUGAGGAAAUAGGCCCAUUUCGGGUCCGGUCCGAUGGCAAGACCCUCCAUUUGAAUCCAUAUGCUUGGAAUAAAGUGGCAAAUUUGUUGUUUCUUGAUUCUCCGGCUGGUGUGGGAUUUUCCUAUUCAAAUACAUCAUCAGAUAUAUACAGAGUUGGUGACAAGAGGACAGCUAAAGAUGCAUAUACAUUUCUCGUCAACUGGUUUGAGAGGUUCCCUCAAUACAAGCACAGGCCUUUCUACAUUGCUGGAGAAAGCUAUGCAGGCCAUUACAUUCCUGAGUUAUCACAAACAAUUGCCUGGAGAAAUAAGGGAGUCAAGAAUCCUGUCAUUAAUUUCCAAGGCUUCCUGUUGGGGAAUCCACUUAUAGAUGAUUAUCAUGAUAAUAUUGGGACACAUGAGUAUUGGUGGAACCAUGGUUUGAUUUCAGAUUCCACAUAUGAAGAUCUGAAGAAAUCCUGCACAAAUGACACAUUUUUGUUCCCCAAAAAUGGAUGUUACAUUGCUUUAGAUCAAGCUUUCUCGGAGUUCGGAGAUAUCAAUCCCUAUAGCAUCUUUAGCCCUCCUUGCCCUGGUAGCUCUACUCUCAAACACAAUCCAACGCUUUCCCAGCUGCCAUGGAAAUUCAGAGGAAAUGAUGAGUGUGUGGUGAUGAACACAAGAAGAUACAUGAAUCGUCCGAAGGUGCAAAAGGCUCUUCAUGCUCACAUUAUUCAGAGUCCCCGUCGCUGGACCACUUGCAGUUCUGCAAUUAGAGGGAACUGGAGUGAUUCUCCAAAAUCAAUGUUGCCAAUCUUCAAACGACUGAUAGGAGCUGGUAUUAGAAUAUGGGUUUUCAGUGGUGACGUGGAUGCGAUUUUGCCGCUCACUGCAACCCGAUACUCCAUUAAUGCACUAAAACUUAAGAUCAACACAAGCUGGUAUGCUUGGUACAAUGAUCAUCAACAGGUUGGUGGAUGGAGCCAAAUAUACAAGGGUUUGACCUAUGUGACAGUGAGGGGUGCAGGGCAUGAGGUUCCUUUGACUCAGCCUCGACUUGCUUUGUUACUCUUUAGACAGUUUCUUAAAAAUGAGCCCAUGACAGCAUUGGACUAACUAGGUUAUUUAAUCCUGUUUUCUGUUAUGAGUGAAUUUUUAAUUUUUUUUUCCCAAUAUUCAAAUCAUUAUUUUUAUUUGUAUGUUAAUAAUGAUAAUAUAUUAGCCCCUUCAAUAUUAGCAUCUAGAUUUCAAGGCUGA